GUAACUUGCAGCUUUGUUCAUAAUGUGUAAUAUAUACCGUGAUUGGAAUUAAAAGAAGCAAGAAUGACCAAAAAGUGCAUCGUGCCUGCUAGAAUCACAAUGGUGAUUUGCAUUUGAAAAUCUCACAGGAGUUACAAAUAAAUUCAGUAAAAAAGUAACGAUACAAGUAAAAAUUGACUGUAUACGUUAGUAUAUCUCCUGUGAAAGAUUUUUCAUUGGAAAUUCCUACACUCAAACCGGAGAAAAUCUUUUUACAAAGAGAAGUGGAUCUUGUGGAACCAAUUUCAUAUCGUGAUGCAACAUAAAUUCAACAAGUGCAAACGAGAAAAAAUAUUUAUACUAUUGAACUUAGCUACGAAAAAAGUUCUACUUGUGCAGAUAUUUCACUUUUUGUACUUGUCCAGAGCUUGCUUCUUCGACAGUAGCGCUUGCGGGCAAAAUCGUCCACGUUACGUUUACGAGCUACAACGUGGUGAGGAUAGGGAAGUGCCCAGACCUGUAUACCUACAAGACCGUGUAGGGGACAGUAGGGCAUAGUCAAGCACGGAAUAGUGCACGUGUUAGGAGUGCUGUCAACUUUUUUAUUCAUAUUUAAUAAAAUAAGGUGGUCAUUGUUGCCAUUAUGUGUAGUGUGAAUGAUGAUGGCUAUGAGGAUGGCGAACAAUUUAUGCCAAAAACUGAAAUUGCUGUUACGGAAGCUGCAAUAUGUAAAAAAUGUGCAAACAACAAAGGCAAUGUGAUACUUCGAGGAAAGGAUGUAUACUGUAAAGUCUGUUUCUUGGCUAGUUCCACUCAUAAAUUUCGAGCAACGCUUGGAAAGUCAAAAAUUGUCCGUCCCACAGAUUCCAUACUUAUUGCACAUUCGGGAAAGGCGGGAUCAACAGCACUUUUACAUUUGAUAAAGGCAGGCAUGCAUGAGUCUGUGCAUAAAAGACUUAUAUUUAAAACUACAGUACUGCAUAUUGAUGAGGGAGCAGUGAAUGGCGAAACACUGGAAGAAAGGAAAUCAAGAAUAAAUGCAAUUUGUGAGCAGACACAAAACCUUGAGUUCCAGGGGUACAUAACUUCGUUAGAUCAAAGUAUAUCUGAAUCUGAACCUAAUAUUCAUACAAUGGAAUCUCUAGAAAUAUGCAGCCAUGGUGAUAAAAUGUUAACCGAUCUUCUUAACACACUAUCAAAUUAUACAACAAAGCAAGAAUUAUUACAUAAGCUACGACAAAGAUUAUUUGUCCUGGUAGCGAAAAAACUUGGCUGUAAUAAGGUUUUUGUAGGUGAUAAUGCCACAGAUUUAGCUAUAAGAAUUUUAAGUAACAUUUCAGUAGGUAGAGGAGCUCAUUUGCCAUUUGACGUCGGUUUCAUCGACAACAGGUGUCCUGAUAUAAUGAUACUUAGACCAAUGCGCGACUUUACUAGAAAAGAACUUGUAUAUUACUUAAAUUUUAAUAAUCUUCAAAUUAUUCACUCUCCUGAACUAACAACCAAAAAGGAUCAGUAUGUUUCCAUACAAAAACUUACUGAAAAAUUUGUAACUGACUUAGAUUUGAAUUUUUGUGGGACUGUUUCGACAGUUCUACGCACUGGUGACAAAUUAUACACAGAAGUGGGAAAUAAUUCUGAUAAUCCUUGCAUACUAUGUAAUAUGCCACUAGAUACUACAGUAUUUGAUACUGAAAUUUCAGCCAUUCAAGCUACUAUGUUUUCACGCUUUGUAUCACUGCAAGGUCCACAGCGCAAAUAUAAUACAAACGAUGUCAGCAAAAUCAAAAUAAAUGAGCAGAAUGAGGAGAAUAGGAGAAAAAAUGAUAACUGUUGCAGUUGUAACGAUACUGGCUGUUGUAGUUCAAAUAAGAGUGUCAAACUGUCAUACAAGGAUGUAGAGAAAUAUCUUUGUUAUGGAUGCAGAUUAAUUUUUCAGGAUGCUAAUUCCUUGAAUAUGCUUCCACCUUUCAUGAUGGCUCUGCAGUCGUUAUCCAUGGUGAUUGUUGCAAGUCGAAGUCAUCUGCGUUGAGAGUGCGAAUCUCGACAUUUAUUUCAUAACCAAUAGAGAGAAAAUACCUUGAGAAAUCAUGCCUAUUUCACCAAUUUUUCGCAAUCCUCUGACAGACUUAUCAGGUGGAUUGUUGACUUUUGAAAAUACUGAGUGCGAAGACAGAGAAUUAAAAGCAAUAGAAUGUGUUGAAGCAUAUGGACUUCCAAAAGGUGAAGAAAAAUGCAAAAUACUGAUAACUGAUUUCAAGGAAUGCAUUACUAAAUUUAAAAGUUUUACACGUGUUGCAAUAAUGAGGAAUGAGCGACUUCGUCAAUAUAGAGCUGGACAGCGUGAAGAACAAUUUGAAGAGUUACCUAGAUUUGAUGCUGUUUAAAUGGAUCCUGACAAUUAUAUGUGUUAUAAUAUAGCAUUGAUCUAAAUAUAGGUUAUUUAAAAGUUA